AUGUCUUCCACAACAGACCCCAACCCCUCCGACGCCCGCCCGGCCUUUAUCCCCCUCGAGGCGAACCCCCAGCUCAUGACGACGCUCAUCCACAAGCUCGGCGUGUCGCCGGCCCUCGGGAUGCACGACGUCUACUCCCUCACCGACCCGGACCUGCUGGCAUUCAUCCCGCGCCCCGCGCUGGCUCUGCUGCUCGUGUUCCCCGUCAGCGCCGCGUACGAGAGCCACCGCAUGGCCGAGGAUAGCUUGGUGGACGAGUACCGCGGCAAGGGUGAUGCGGAGCCGGUGCUUUGGUGGCCGCAGACCAUUCGGAAUGCGUGUGGGCUUAUGGGACUCUUGCACGCCGUGAGCAACGGAAACGCGCGAAACUUUAUCGAGGAGGGUUCCACGCUCGACACGCUCAUCAAGAAGAGCAUCCCCCUCGGCCCCGACGGCCGCGCCCGCGUCCUCGAACAAACCCCCGACCUCGCAACAGCCCACAAAGAAGCCGCCUCCCAAGGCGACACGCCCGCUCCCCCCGCCGAAGACGACGUCGAGCUGCACUACGUCUGCUUUGCCAAGGGAUCCGACGGUGGACUCUGGGAGCUCGACGGACGACGCAAGGGACCGAUCCGAAGGGGAGAUCUGCUAGAGGAUGAGGAUGUGUUGAGUAGCAAGGGACUUAGUCUGGGGGCGUUGAAGUUUUUGGAGAGGGAGGGUGGUGAUUUGAGGUUUAGUGCUGUUGCGCUUGCUGGUUGGACAACGCUGACUGUGUUAGGUAUCGCUCGUUGGCUCUUGGGUAGAGGCCCCGAACACAGCGGCCUCAUCAUCGGCAAUGAUGCGUCUGGAAAGACGACGAUGCUCUACAAGCUGAAGCUGGGAGAGAUAGUCACGACAAUUCCCACAAUCGGCUUCAAUGUAGAGACCCUCGAAUAUCCAGAUGGCGGCAAAAUUACUCUCUGGGACGUGGGAGGAUGCGACAAGAUCAGGCCUCUCAUCCGACAUUACAUGCAGCCAGAUCGUUUCCUCAUCUUUAUCCAGAGCUGUGGCGAUCUAGAUCCCGACAGGAUCAAAUUCUCUCUAGAGUAUCUCCGCAUGGGCUUGGCCAUGAUGGCUGAGCAAGGAUGUCGACAUAUGUUUAUCCUCUUCAACAAGCAAGACCUCCUCCCGCCUGACGAGAGAGACUCCAUCGUCAAAGGUAUAAGAGUCCAGAUUGAGAAAGAGAUUGCUCCUUACCUUGGGAAUCACGACAUCAGGAUUUUGGAUUAUCCUGGUUUGUGCGCGACGUCUGGCGAGCAGCUUUAUCCUGCCAUGGAGGAAAUUAGACAGACGAUCCAGCAGAUCAAGAAGCCCGCACAACCAGACACUAAGGCUCAAGUAGCAGAACUGGAGAAGGGACCGAGUGACACAGAACUAAUUGAGCGCGUAAAAAAGGCCAAUGCGGACGCUGUUGAUGCCGAGAGCUUCUGGGCCUCAUUCAUGGACGGUAGUCUGAACUCGUGGGACCACUACACCCAUCUGAGAGCUGGCUUCUUUGUGUUGCAUGAUUGCUUCGCUAGAGGAUUUGGUCUUUUGGAGUGUGCCGAUGAGUUUAUGGCCCAUCUCAAUCGUCUGAGGCAGGGAAACCCAGAGCGAUUCCGCAACACUGCGCACAAGACCAUGACUAUCUUUUGGCUUCAUCAGAUUCAGAUCGCGGCUGUCAACUACCAAGUCAACAAUGGACGCGACAAGUUCCCGGAUAGAGGUGAAUAUGCAGAGAUCGCUCUCUCGGCGCCGUGGCUCAUGAACUCUGGUCUUUGGAGGUCGUAUUACUCUAAUGAUAUGCUGUUCACGCCUGAAGCUCGAGAGAAUUGGCAUCUUCCGGAUUUGCAGCCUCUUCCAACCCCCGCUCAAGCCAAGGUAGAGGAGGAACAACGGGAUACUCAGCGCCCUGGGAAUGAUGUGGAUAGACUCCCACGUUUUGCAUUCUCGGUCGUGCAAAAGACGCUCACGUCUAAGCUCAGACGCGGAGGAGUCGUGAAGCAAGCACUAGAGGCUUUGCAGUCGUCUACAAUCCGGCUUCGUGCCUCUGAUCCGUCUGUGUCGCCAUACUCGGAGACCCAGGCGUAUUUCUGGAUCCAGAUUGUCCACGCGUAUUUGCGAUCCUUGGAAACUGAGCCAUCCAAGGCGUCAAAGGGUACACAAUUUGAGGGAUCGGUCACGACGCUCACUUUCGAGGCAUUCAAGGCUCUCUUUGACAUUACUGGAGACGAGUGGCGCCAGUACUACUCGCCUUCUGUAUGGCAAGGCAUUCCCGCGAGGAUGAGCUUUGUGAACCCCGACAAGAAAGCUCUCCCCAACGUCUUUGGCAUGCCUUCCAAGGCAAAGAUUGAUCUCGCCCGGUCGCAGAUGGUCAACGCCGUUAGUCGUCGCUUCACCAAACCUUCCGGUCUACCUCCACGCGAGGACCUUGACUUUUGGGCAGCAGUUCUUAUUGAUGAGGCAAGGCUCAUACCUGAAGAGGAAGUCAUCGUUGCGAACCAUGCCAGCCUGUUACGCUUCCUUUACCAACGACUAAGCAGGGCAUCUGAGGAAAAGAGCUCUACGGUCGCGGCGCGGACGGCACUGGAGCUUUCUUCAAGCAUGGGCUCUACACAGAGCAUGUUUUGGGUACAGCAGGUUCAACUCUGUCUUGCUAGUGGAAAGGUGGCGUCGACAUUUGAAGAGUUUGUUACGGCGAAUGCGCAUCUGGCGUAUGAGGAUCUACCCUUGGUGUAUUACUCGCCUCAGCUGUGGCAGAGCGCUGAGGUGAAGGAGGUUUACGUUCCGCCGGAUCGUCAUUCGCUUUCGAGUAUUGUAUCUAGUGGGAAAUGA